AAUUUUUUUAACAGAAGUUAACUUUAAAUAUUACCACAGAAAAUGAAAAUAAAAUGGAAUUACAUUUGACUUGCUUAUCUCGCUGCACAGUUUGAAGGUCAACAAAUGUUGAUACAGUAACUGCAUUCGUAGUAUUUAUUUAAUAAACGAUACAUUCGAGUAAUCUUUUUUUACGUGUAACGAUUACAUUGUCGAGGUCAUUUAUCUGAUCCUAUGUGGACAGAACGGUCCUCCGUAGUUAAGAACCGUCUGGAAUAUUAAUUGUUCUCCAUUUAAACUAAUGAAGGAAUACAUUCUGGCCAAGCAAUUUCGACCAAUCGAAUAUCGGUCAUAUAAAUAACGGUACGUCCGAGAAGCAAUCUAUGAUGAAACGAGUUGUGCACGACACUAAUUUGCUAAUGAGUCUCGAGUGAUUUGUAACCCAAUUUCAGACGUUAUUUUUUCAACCCUUUUCAUCAAACCAGAACUCUUAAUGCAACCUUCAAAAGAUAUUACAGAAUAAUUGGUUCAAAGAGUACUAAUGGGACCAAGUUCACUGGACUAUUCUGUCCACGUGGUUGAAAAUGUUCAAUAAAUUGAUGCUAUUACGAAUUGAAAUUUUGUACAGCUUUGUACUCUACGUUCCCACGAUCGAGGCAGUAUGAACUAUCUUAUAUUCGUGAGAGACGGCUAGCUAAAAGAUGUAGAAAACCCAUUGUGAAAUCUAGUGAAAAGGAGCAAGAAACGGUUAAGUAUGUCAUUUAUUUUCAGUGCCAUAGACUCUCGGUGGCAAAAAAUAUGCACGAGAGUCCACGUGACGGUGGUAAUAUAACGAGAGUCUACUGUACAUGAUCCAUCAAUUAUUCCCAGAGUGGACGAAGUGCCAUGUCAUUUCUUGGAACCUCCGAUUUGGUGGAAGGGUGGAAAAGGAAAACCAAGCCGUCUCCCCGUAGGAAACAUCAACGACUACGCGUACGAUAAAGGAGAAUUAGCGGAUCAACUCGAUAUUAAAAUCAGUGAGAAGCUUCACAUGGAUCAUCCGAUGAAAUAUAUACCCGGUGUCAUUCAUCGGAUAAAGAAUCCAGAAGACACGAGCAUGAAGGAUGUCCUCGAACGAGCGGACACUUUCAAAGUUGUGGUCGCAAAGGUUGAAAGCUUGCCAGAAGAUAGUCCACCUGUUGACAAACGUAUCUGUUCUCCUCGAAAAAGUCCUCGUACAAAGGAUCAAGAUUUGCCAAAAAUUCACACGGCGCCUUGUGAUAACGAUCGCCGAUGGCAGGCGAGCUAUAAGAGUACAGAUGUUGUGUCUAAUGACGCAGAACGACAAAGGAAACUGCGAAGACUAACGAGACCGUUCUCGCACGAGUUACAUGUCUGGUAUUUGAAAAAUAAACCAACCAAACUGCAAGUGUCUGUCAGACAUGCGGGAAAAAGACCAAUUCCUGAGAGGAGGUUCUCUCACUUAUAAUUCUGUAUAAAAAUAUUAAAAUAAAAUUAAAAUUAUUGUAUUUAAAAUAGUCUAAACAUAUUGGUAUUUUAGCAUUAAAAGUUUUUAAAAAAUAGCGCCAUUUAGCUUUCGGCUCCGUCCCUGUAAUCGCGUCUAUUCAAAUUGUACGCAACUAGGUUAAAAACAUACGCGCAUUAGGCCCAAAGGAAACACUAUCACGGUUGAUAAUAAAUCAGCACCGAGUAGUUGCGAAACGUUUCGCAUAGAUACAUUAUAUUUCACUACGAUGAAUCUUGAAUAUUAUUCAAUUAAUGUCGCUAUCUUCUUUGUUUCGUAUUUCAAUCGAAUGAAAUGAAUAUGCAAUUUGCAAGCGUCUCGUACGAAUUAGUUUUUAAUUCGCAGAAUUGAUUUGUCGCGUAGUCUUACGAUUGAAUUACGCCGUCUGCACCCUAUGAUGCGAUUACGUUUCUUUUAUGCAUGAUGUUUGCGAAUUCCAGAAAACGACGCAGUCAGUAUGUCAGCAAGAAUUGUUACAGUUUCGAACAUCUAAUUAUAAUGUUGCGUCAUUUUGGUUG